AUGGAUUCAGACAACUCCAUGAAUCUCUAUCCUCACUCUCCUGGCUUCUUCGACCUGCUACAAAGUCAACAUGAAACCCACAUGCUUGUUGACUCUCCAUAUGAGAGUCAAUGUUCAGGCGCCCCACCUGCAGCUGCAUCCCCAGUUGGUAACUGCAGAGCAAGGCAUACAUGGUUACCAGCAGAUGAUCUGAUGCUUGUCAGGGCUUGGCUGAACACGAGCAAGGAUCCUAUAACUUCAAACGAGCAAAGACGUGGAGCCUUCUGGGGAAGGAUAGCGGAUUAUAUUGCAGAUUGUCCGAAUGCUGUAGGCCGACCAAAGCGAGAGUCCAGUCAUUGUAAGCAGCGGUGGUGUACGAUCAACGACACUGUGUGCAAGUUCGUAGGUUGCUAUGAGGCUGCGAAAAGGGAGAAAACAAGUGGUCAGAAUGAAGAUGACGUUAUGAAGCUAGCAAACCAGAUCUACUUCAAUGAUCACAACAAGAAAUUCGCCUUCGAGCAUGAUUAG